UUGCAACUGUGUGGGUGUUACUUAAACAGCAUAACUGAAGGGUUAUAUAUUCUCCACAAACUGGACUUCUUUUUCAAGUGUGUUUCCAGUUUGCAGUCCAGGUAGAAAAUGGCAAACGUGGACCUCGCUCAAGUCGGGAAGAACUUGUUGAGGAGCGAAACUGGAGAGAGUGUGGAGCUCCAGUCUCUGUGGCAGGACCAGCCGGCGGUCUUGUUCUUCCUGCGCAGGUUUGGCUGUCAGGUGUGUCGGUGGAUGGCAUCAGAGAUCAGCAAGCUGGAGCCGGACCUGACAGCCAGCGGUGUGGUGCUGGUGGGCAUCGGACCAGAGGAGUUGGGCCUGAAGGAGUUCAAGGAAGGAGGGUUUUUCAAAGGGUCUGUUUACGUUGACGAACAAAAGAAAAGCUACAAGGAUUUGGGCUUCAAAAGGUACACAGCUGUAAGUGUGGUUCCUGCUGCUUUGGGGAAGAAAGUACGAGAUGUUGCUGCAAAGGCCAAAGCUGACGGCAUCCAGGGAAACUUCUCGGGAGAUCUGCUCCAGAGUGGGGGAAUGCUAAUUGUGGCCAAAGGUGGAGAAAAGGUUCUCCUACACUUUAUCCAGGAUUCGCCUGGAGACCACCUUCCUCUUGAGGAUAUUUCCAAGGCUUUGGGUAUCUCAGCCAAAGUGAAAGCUGGACAGAGGCCAGUGUGCAACGAUGAUGUUUGUACACGAUGACGAUGGAAGUUUCCAUCAUACCUGAUCAGUGCCUUCACGAUGGAAGCGGAAAUUAAGAUUUAAGAAGUGGUAAUAUUCCUGUUAUUUCUUUGUGACAGAAUGUCAUUAUUAUUAUUAACUACAGUGAAAGCAACAGUGACAUUCCUUUAUAAUCAUUACCUUUUCAUUUGAUAAAUGUCCUGAAUUUUAAACAUGCCAUGCACUUGUACUGAUCAUGAUUCUUUUUUAAAUGCCUAUUAAUGAAUUUGCAUUUAUUAUACACACACUUCAUAAAAUAAAGUCAUUUUUUUGUAUGUAACUAAUUAUAAUAAAGGUUUAAAAUAGA